AAGCCAUGCCUGUCCAAAGUCCUGGGUUGCUCUUCGAUAAGAUAGUCCCAAAUGGGACAACAGCACCUCCGCUGUACCCUGACUCACAGACUGUUUGACUUGUUCAACCAGGAUGGAUCCCUCCAAAGAGAAUAUCUAUGACAGACCAGAAAAUGGAAGCAGUGAUUCUGAGCCAGAGCACUCUUACCAGAAUCAGUCAUCAGGUAUGUAUGACUUGACCAACCCGGUCAACCUGCCAGAGCAAACCUAUCAGAACCAAUCGGAUGGUACCUACGAGGUGGUCAAUGAGGCAGCUUAUGAAGAGCUUUCAAAAGUAGAACACUCCUACCAGAUUCAGUCGGAUGGUACAUAUGAAGAGGCCAAUGUGGCAACUUAUGAAGAGCUUUCAGAAGUAGAGUUGUCCUACCAGAAUCAGUCUUCAGGUAUCUAUGAAAUGCCUAAUGAAGAACCCGCAGAUCAGACUCCAGAGUACGAGAACACCAGAGCUGCUGAAGAUGGAGCAUCGACUCCAAAGUCUCCGUCCCCAGAGCAGCCUCCUGCAGAGGAGAGACGAGGCAGUUCAUCUUCAGUCUCCUCAUCCUCAACCUCAUCCUCAUCCUUGUCCUCAUCCUCAUUGCACGCCAAGACUGAAGACAAAGAGGAGAUGCAGGAUCACAAAUCAAGUGAGAUGGAAGAAGAGGAAGAAAAACAGAGCGAGGAUGAGGAAAUGGAGGCAAAGGAAGAGAGGGAGGUGGUGGAAGAGGAAAGCAUCCCCAAGAUGAACUCGGAUGGGGGGUCUCCAGAGAUGGAAGUGGAGAGGAAGAGGUCACUGGAUAGAUCUUCUUCGUCUUCUUCUUCAUCGUCAUCGGCCUCUGAGAAGGAGCUCGUGAAUGAGGAAGAUGAACCAAAAAUCUUCCUUUUUGCAAGGGCUGGGAGUGACGGUGAGAGCAUCGGAAACUGUCCUUUCUCCCAACGUCUCUUCAUGAUCCUUUGGCUGAAGGGAGUUGUCUUUAACGUCACUACCGUCGAUUUAAAAAGGAAACCAGCUGAUCUUCACAACCUCGCCCCAGGAACACAUCCGCCAUUCCUUACCUUCGAGGGGAACGUUCUCACAGAUGUCAACAAGAUAGAAGAGUACCUGGAGGAGAUGCUGGGUCCACCCAAGUAUCCCAGGCUUGCAACAAAGAACCGUGAAUCCAAUGUCGCAGGAAACGACAUCUUUGCCAGGUUCUCAGCUUAUGUCAAGAACACAAGACCGGAGAAAAAUCGCUCCUUGGAAAAGAGUUUGAACAAAUCCCUGGCGAAACUGGACGAGUAUUUAAUGAGGCCGAUUCCUGACGAGGGUCAAUCUGGACGGCACAGCGGCGAAGGCCCCUCCACCCGCAAAUAUCUGGACGGCGAUGAGCUGACGCUUGCUGACUGCAACCUUCUACCCAAGCUCCAUGUCGUUAAGGUGGUUGCAAAGAAAUACAGAAACUAUGACAUCCCUUCUGAAUUCAAAGGGGUGUGGCGUUACCUUGACAAUGCCUACAAGCGAGACGAGUUCACCAACACAUGUGCAGCAGAUGUGGAGAUCGAGCUAGCUUACCAGGCUGUGGCCAAGAGGCUGGAAAAAUGAAGCAACGGCUAAUAACUUCCGGUUAUAGAGAACAUUACAUCUGCUCCUUA